UAUAACUCACAUAAUAUAAUCACUGUUAACCCGCCAUUGCAUGUUAAUGCGCCAACAAUGGAUAUGUUAAUAGUCACAUGAUGUAAACAUUGCGGUCACGUGUUCACGUGAUUGUUGUAAUGUCGUAUAAAAAAGUUUCGUAAUGGAAUAAAAUGAGAGAUAAGUUAAUGGAGUUUUAAUGUGAAAUAAACUACUUUGGUUUAUUGUAAACACAUUUGGGGAGAAAGUCACUAUGAAGCUCCGAACACUUAUCGUCGCAAUAUUAUGUGUGCUGCUCUAUCCUGAUCCCAUCAUAUCUAGUUUGUUUGAGUUGUGCGAGCAAAUAGACUUUUAUUCAUCCAGUAAACUUCUUCAUUGCUUGGACUAUGAUGACUACGGUUGCUGGUGUGGACCGGGUGGGAGCGGGACGCCGGUAGAUGGUUCGGAUGCGUGCUGUCGGGAUCAUGAUCAUUGUUACGACAAUAUUUUAAGAAAUCACAAGUGUAACCCGUACUUAGCACAUUAUCAGUUCCACAAGGGGCAGUGUUUAAACGAGCCUGGCAGCUGUUUAUAUAAUCUAUGCAAAUGUGACCAAGCCAUUUCGAUAUGUUUGAGUAAAAAUAAAUAUCACUUCAAAUACUACGGCUGGCGAGUGUUUUACAAAUGUAGAUGAAGAAAGGAGUUACGUCAUUUCAUCAUUUCACCUUUAUCAGAAAAAUAAACAGCAGAGGGAACCUGACAACCUCGUCCCCAGGGCAUCUUGUAUCUUUUCUGACCCCGGGACAGCGAUACGAACAUGGCCCUGGAGGAGGCUGGUCCGAUAUGAAACCUGAUUGGCGCGGAUAUGUCAAAUAAUUAUUGCGUCAUACAAAACAUUUUGGCGAGGCGGCGAGUCUGUGACCAACAGGAGGAAGCUGUUCGUAUUAAAAUGGCGGAGGUGUAUCAGCAGUAUCCAGUUUUUUCAAAGUGAAAAAUUUAAUAAAAAGCAUUACUAAGCAAUGAGAGUAUAAAAUAAGACAUAAAGUAAUACUGCUUACAUGACAAUAUUUCAAUAGCUGGGAAUGUUUAAUAAAGCUAGAAAAGUAGCUAGCUAGCACACUAUACCUAGCACACUAUCAAGAUAAGAAAAAAGAAAGAAACUCAAUUUGUUUCCAAGUGGCCAGCUUUGAUUUGCAGCUUUUUGCAAAGACUGACGUUGCAUAAAAUUGCCGCCUAUGUCCUUUAUAGACAAAAUAAUUUUACACAAAAUAUCGAAAAUGUUUUUUUUACAAAAUAUAUAUACAUUACGUUUUAAAUUAUAUCAGGUUGUUAUUAGUGGGCAUGUUUUAUUACCUUAUAUGCUUUGGUUACUAUAAAAGAUAUAAAAAGCCAGUAGGUUAACCGUCGGA